AUGUCUCGAACACUGAAGGAGGAAUUCCAACACUCAUUGGAUCUAAUCGAUACCUUGAAACGAUCCAGUCACCCAUUUGUCUCCGAAGAGUACCAAUUGCAAGUCAAGGAGGUGCUAGAAUCACUGGAUCAAUGCUCUAAAAUGAUCUCGUCUUUGGGCAUCUUCUCAGACAACGAGUCCUGGGAGGACCUAAAAACAAAUGAAAUCGUUUACCUGACAAUCCCUUAUCACAAGGCUCUGGCGCUGGAACGGGUACGAGUACAAGGUGCCGAAGAUCGCAAAAAUCUGGUGUACCACCAAGUCAAGAGUUACAAUGACUUUCUCAAAUCGCUCGACCAUUACGGCCUGCUACCUAAAACACAUGCCUCUCGUCUGGAGUCAUUUCUGGCGGGCCAGCUAACCAUCGAAAACGUCGCAUCCAAGGUGAAGGAGCUCUCAGAUCAACUGCGACCCACUGACGCCGCCGUUUUCCGAGCUGAGAAGAUUGCCAAACACAAGGCCGAGAAGGAACUGGAAGGAAAACUGAAUUUGCUUCAGAAAAUUGAGGCCAAGCAGAAAGAUCCAGAUGCGCCGAAUGUCGACGAAGAUGAAGUCAGAGACUUGAGAAAGGAGGAGCUGAAGCUCUAUACUCUGAAAUCCUUGAAUACACUUGAGAUGCUCAGCAUGGAGGUUCAAAUGCUAGCAAGAGCACCCAGCAGGCCUGAGCCUCCCAUCGAUCUGAUGAGACGUGCGCAGGCUGAACAGGAUCAGGAUGGGCGAGAGAGACAGAUAGAGGACGUGACAGGCUACACUGACAAGCUUGAGAAGAAUCCUCUCACUGAGGCAGGUCGACCUAUUCUCGAUUCAAUGGGCAAAAUAAACAGACCGUUUAAAUUGGUGAGCACUCGUCAGCAGCUACAGAGCAAGGUGCGUGGAACAGGUCAAUAUCUCCCCACCAUGUCUGUUGAGGAUUAUCUGGAGGAAGAGAAACGACGAGGAGGAAUCAUCGAAGGAGGAGGAGAAAUUCCUUCUACUGAAAAGAGCGACAAUGACAUGGAUGACGAAGCCGCAGACAGGGAAACAAUGAAGGCACGGGAAUGGGAUGAGUUUGUGGAGGCGAACCCCAAGGGUAGUGGAAACACUAUGAACAUGGGAUAG